AUGCCGUUGUUCUUUCAUGAAGGCUUGCUCAAGAAGAGUCGUUCGAGAGCUUCUACGAAGAGGGAGAGAAACACAAACUCCACCUCCGAAGGAUCAUCACUGAAGAGAAAAUAUACAGAUUAUGAGGAAGAAGAAUUUUGUGAUUGUACUGAUGAUUUUGCUUGGAAUUUGCCGAUUGCUUCACCAAUUUCAAGUAUGGAAGAUGUUUGUGAUUCUUUUGAUCAAAAAGUUAAGAGAAUCAAACCUUCAUCAAAUUUAAUUAAAUCGGAAUUUAGUUUUGGACAAACAAAUCAAACCAUUGUAAAUAAUUAUAUUAACAUGAACUAUAAUACAAACAAUUCAGAGUUGGACAUUUUAAACACCAAUUAUGAAAGAGUUGAAAAGAUUGAGGAAGAUGAAUAUGCAGAAUAUUAUAGAGUGACAAGAAAAUACGACCACAAAUUUUGUAAAUUAAUAUUGUUGAAAAACAAUUCAAGCGGAGACGAUAUAUACAAACUAUUGAGUUUGAGAAAUUCGAAUAUAGUAGAAAUCACACAUUGUGGUCUCAUUGGUAAGCGACCAUUCCUUGAAACGAAAUGGUACAGAGAUGGUACAUUAGACCAACUCCUCAAGAGAGGAGAAUUUAUUUCCGAGAAUAGCUUAACGAGAAUGGCCAGCAGUCUUUUAGAUUCAUUACUAUUUAUUCAGGAAAAUAAUAUUGUCUGCAGAGACUUCAGACCUUCUAACAUUCUGGUCGAAAGACAUGGUGCAUUCGAGUAUGAUUUGAAAUAUAAUUUGGAAUUUAUUUGCUUUUCAUCCCACUCCACUGAAUCACAAAAGAGAAAUAUCAAAUCCAUUGGACAAAUACUCUUCAUGCUAAUGACUAGAAAAUCAUGCAUCAAUGAAUCUAUUACAAGAGAAUAUCUAUUAGAGAACAUUUCAGGAGUCUAUUCUCCAAAGAUUGUCGAUCUUGUCCUUGUCCUACUCUUCUCUGAUUUAACUACUUGCGAAAUCUUCCAAUUCUUGAAUUAA